UAUUCUAUUUUUAGCAUAUGACAAAAUGGCGGCCGUGGGUAGCAGUUAAAACUCGCUUCAUUUUUCGCAACAAAACACGCUAAAUAUAUAUCUUAGCGUAAUACUGACCGGUACCCGCGGACCUCACUUGAUCUUCCAUACCGCUUCCAAAGGAAUAGCCGCUACAAUGUUCAGAAAACCGGAUCCCAAAGAACAAAUGAGGCAACAGAAGCGGCAGUUGAACCGAACACAGCGGGAACUUGCCCGAGACAAGAAUGCUUUAGAAAGACAAGAGAAACAGCUGGAAGCAGAAAUAAAAAAACUUGCAAGACAAGGAAACAAGCAGGCUGCGACAGCCCUUGCCAAGCAGCUUUUACAACUGAGAAAACAGAAGAACAAAAACAUGAGUGUCAGCUCCAAGAUUACAGGAAUCAGUUACCAGGCCCAGGCCAUGCAGUCCACAGCAACAAUGGCAGGAGCCAUGUCAAAGACCUCACAGGCAAUGGGGGCUAUGAACAAGCAAAUGGAUCCAGCAUCCCUUCAGAAAACUUUGCAGAACUUUGAGAGGGAAUCAGCAAAGAUGGACAUGAAUGAAGAGAUGAUGGGUGAAACACUAGACUCUGUUCUCGAUGAAUCGGGAGACGAAGAGGAACAAGAUGCCAUUGUAAACCAAGUGCUUGAUGAGCUGGGUAUCGAGAUGGCUGGAAAGAUGGCCUCUGCUCCAACAGCUCAUGGUAGCAAACUCUCAUCAGGUAGCAAAGCUAGCACAUCUGAUGCAGACAUAGAGGAGAUGCUGGCUAAACUAAAGGCUUGAUUAUCAUUAAACACCCGAAUAUAACAACCAAGCACUUAUUACCGCAUAUGUAGACAUCUUAUUACUGCAUAUAACAAACUAGAAGGGCUACGGUACAUUAUAAGUCUUCUGUGAGCCACCGUUUACUGAACAUCUGUAAUUAUAGGAAAUACUGAUUAUUCACACAUGGAUCUGAAUUGUUGUUUUGGUCAUUCGCUCAAAGAGUUUUGACCCCACAGACACAGACACCCCCACAUACAACUCUGAUUUGCAUGCGCUUGUAGAAAAUAGGCAGCGUGUGCCCAAAAAAAAUACCAAAAUACCUAGAAAAUUAAUUUAAAGGUUUCUGCUUUAACUAGCUUGGUGGUGAAACAUAAGUUCUUUUUUUUUUCUUAACCUUUAUCUUAACCUUUUUUCAUUAAUUGGCAGUGUAUUUUGUGUGUUAAGCAUCGGUUGUUAUUGUCAAGUCAGCCAAUUGACGACUUGCACUAAAAAUCACUUGACUUCUUGUAUGGAAAACUCGCGCGCGCUCCGGCAUUUUGCGACAAAUAACAUCAAAAAGGAAAUUAUCCAGCGCGCCAGAAAGUGUCAACGAAGGCCUUAUUUUCAUUGAAAGUUUUAUUUUAAUUUUUUUAUUUUUUUUUCGCUUUAUGGCGUGACGCCGGCAGUCAUUUCUGAGUAAUUGCUGGCGCGAGUUCCUCACUCAAAAAAUCAAGUGAUUUGUUUUAUUGCAAAUCGCUUUUUAGUCGAUGGAUCUAGUUUUCCGCGAUAAAGCACAAACAGGCUCACGUUUUCUCGCGGAAUUAAAAAAAAAAAAAAUGAGAUCCGAAGUGAAAUAGAAUAACUAAUUCAGUGUAGAGAUUCAAAAUUGGGCGCAGAUAACACAACUGGAAUAGUACAGUAUAGUCUUUCUAGCGAGCUCAUCAAGAGUGUCAUAGACCGGAUAUUGUAUUUUUUAAUGAAUAAUAUCUCUUGUACAAAGUCUUAUAAAUUUAUAUCGUAAUUAAGUAAAACAUCAAGAAAACGAGGUUCUUGAUCAAAAA